UUUCACUACCUAGAAAUGAGUGGAGCAAUUGCUAUGGAAGCACCAGAAGUGCCAAUGCCAGCCCCUCCUGAUAAGAAAGGGUCUAAGAAAUGAACUAAUUAAGCCCAAAGCGGGUUUAUCACCUUAAUGAAGAGAAACAAGAAAGCAGCAUUCAAAUCAAGAUGGGAUAAUCAGAAAAAGGGAGAAAAUAUGGGAUUCAAUGAGCCAGAUGAGAAAAUCUUUACACCAAUGCCUUUCUGUUACCUACCCAAGAACAAGACCACUACAGAGAUAGAAAUUCUUAUUCUGAGACAUAGACUUGAGGAUCUUCAGAAAAGACUUGCAGUAGGUGAUUUUGAAAUUAACGAUCCUGAUUUAAGGUCUCCUUCACCGGAAUCAGCGUUUGAUCCACACACGGGGAAACAAGUGAACACAAGGGAGCAAAGAGCUAGAGAUAAAUACACCCGUGAAAAGACCCCUGCGGAUUACAUUCCUCCAGUGAAAAAGAAGAAGAUUCCUCUUCCGGAUGGAGAAACAGGUGAAUCUCCCAUGGUCGGCCUUAUCAUCGGUCCUGGUGGAAAAACCCACAAGGAUUUAGAGAAGAGGAGUAAAUGUAAGAUUUUCAUCAGAGGAAAGGGAGCCAAUACGAAAAGCCGUAUUUAUAAUAGAAAAGAGAAUGAUGAAAGAGAGCCACUCCAUGUCAGCGUAGAAUCCCAGAAUGAAGAAGACCUUGCGGUUGGAGUGAGACUUAUUAAUGAAUUAUUAGAUCCAAGCUCUGAUGUUAAGAAGAACCAACUCAUUGAGAUCGCAGCUAUUAGAGGAACUUUGAGAGAUGACUGGUGCGAAGACUGCGGAGAGAAAGGUCAUAGACGGUUUGAAUGUCCUAAUAAGAUCAAUUCAUGGAAGAAAGUUGAGAUUAUAUGUGAGAUCUGUGGUCAGAAAACGCAUCCAACCAGAGAUUGUCCAAUGAAAAACGCUGGAUUUGAUAAUGAUGUGGAUGAUGAACAAGCUUUGGAUGAUUUUCUUUUAAACUUUCAUAAAAAGAAAGAAGAAAGAAAGGAGCAGUUAGAAAAUGGUAAAAUUGAAGAGGAAGUCAAGAAAGAUUCAGCCUUUUCAGAUGCAGCUAAAAAAGUAUUUAGUAAAAUUGAAAAAGAAGAACCAGGAAUUUUACCAAAGGAUGUAAAACAGAAAGCAAAAGUUUUCAGUAAAGAAGACCGAGAUGAUGAUGAAAAUAAAGAUAGAGUAGUGGCAAUUCGGAAUGAAGAUAGACAUGUGGCUUUGAAUGGUCCAAAACACCCUGCUGCCUCUGUCGAUCCUCUCAAAGAUCUCAGCAGACAUUACAAAGACAGCUACGGUAAACUCCUUGAAAGAGAAGCUCUCGACUUUUACGAUCACUUUGUCAACUCAAACAAUGCUCACCCAAACGGUGCAAACACAGCUGCACCAAGAGCAAUGCCUCCACCACCUCCAGGCUCUACAGCUCCUGCUCAACCUCCAGUACCUCCGAGCCACCCUCCUGCUCCAAAUGGUCAGCCUGCAGCAAGGCCACCAAUGCAUGCUGCUCACCCAUCGAUGCAUGGGCCACCACCUCCACCAAUGGCUGGAGGGUAUGGUCCGGGUCCGAAUCAGAUGGGGCAUCCCCAUCCAUAUGGACAUCCUGGAGGGGCUUAUCCACCACAAUAUGGGCCUCCACCUGCAGGAGGUUAUCCUCUUAACUACCAGAUGCCAUAUCCUCCAUAUGGAUAUCCCCCUCAUCCAUAUGCUCAUCCUCCUCCACCACCACAUCAGCCCCCACAUCCACCACAAAAGCAGCAACAAGAACAGAAGUAGCC